AUGGCUACUCUGUCCUCGGCUUCGGCGCAGGCUUCAUCUCUGAAGCAGGCUGGUAAGGUGGUUUGCAUCGGACGAAAUUAUGCUGCUCACAUUACCGAACUCAACAAUACCAAGCCUAAGCAGCCAUUCUUCUUCCUCAAGCCGACGUCCUCCAUGGUCCUGCCGGGUGAGGGACCGUGUCUGAGGCCCAAGGGCACGGACCUGCACUACGAGGUUGAGCUCGCUCUGGUGAUUGGCAAGCUUGUGAGGGAUCUCAAGGCCGAUGACACCAAGGGAGCGUUGGAUGCUAUUCAAGUGGCAAUCGACAUGACGGCACGCAACGCCCAGGAUGAGGCCAAGAAGAAAGGUCUCCCCUGGUCCAUCGCCAAGGGCUUCGACACCUUCCUCCCCCUGAGCCAGGUGAUACCCAAGUCGGCCAUCCCGGACCCCCACGACGCCGAGCUCUUCCUCAACGUCAACGGAGAGACGCGCCAGGACGGCUCGACCAGGCUGAUGAUCUACCAGAUCCCGCGCAUCCUGAGCGACAUCUCCAAGGUCAUGACGCUGCACCCGGGUGACGUGGUGCUCACGGGGACGCCCGAGGGUGUCGGGUCCGUCGUACCCGGUGACGUGAUGCGUGCCGGCAUCAGGGUUCGGAUCCUGUAUCGACCCAGGCUUGGGGGCCGAGUCAGCCACCUCCCCGCAGGCCGGGCACGUCCUCUUGUCGACGUCGGCCCUGAAGUCGUUUACGGCGGCCUUGAUCUGGGUGCCCAGGUCGGUGCAGUGGAAGCCGGCCUCGUGGACGAUGCUGCGGCACGCCGCGUUGGCGCAGUACCAGCGCAGGCGGUCGAUGGAGCCGGCCGGGCGACGCUGCUCGAGGACGAUGCCCACCGUGUCGGCGAAGCGGACGGGGUUGUGAGGCGUGUCGGCCGGCAGGAGGAACAUGUCGCCCUCGCGGAUGAGGAUGUCGCGGAAUUCGCCGUCGUCGACCACCUUGAGCAUCAUGACGCCCUUGUGCUGGUAGAACCACUCGGGCGUCUGGUUGAUGUGGUAGUCUGUGCGGGCGUUGGGGCCGCCGACAAUCUACCGACAAUUCAUGAUUCACGGGCGGAGUGA